CCAUACCUAUAUAUUUAUUUAUGUGCGACAGUGUGUCCAAUAAAACAUUGCUAAACACAAUGCUAAAGAGAAAUAUGGGUGGGCCAAUAAUAAUUCUCGUCUUUUGUGUAGCUUUAGUUAGCGCACAAGAAGACUUUACUUGCGAUAAAAAUAAUAAAAAUGCAGUUACAUACUUUAAUACAGCAUUGAAUUGUCCGGAAAACACAAUUUGCAAUGAUAGAUAUAAAUUGCUGAAUCGCGAGACUAAACCACGACCUUGCCUCGCUCCUUCCGACAUUUGCGAAUAUUCAUGUGGCAAAAACACGUCACUUGUAACAAUCAAUACUAUCAAUUUUGAAUGUGGUGCUGGACAAGUUUGCAAUAAAGAAAAACUGUCCUGUGAAGUUUGCAUCUGUGCAAGAGAUGCGUAUACAUGCACUGCUAAUGGCAAUGUUAAACUUACGGUUAAUGGAUAUGAAUUUUCGUGUGGAACAGGAUCUUCUUGUAAUAAAAAUUAUGAAGCACCUUGUGGAAUGUGCAUUAAAGAUGUAAACGAAGGUAAUGACGAUGAUGAUGAUAGCAAUGAACUUGGGGGCUCGUCAACGCCAGGCGAUGACGAUGAAAACAAGAGCGAAACGGCCAGUGCUGGUUUUAGCACUACCAGCGACCAGGGCGAGAUUUCUACGGCGUCCCCAAUCGCACCCGUAGAAUAAACCGGCCAAGUGCGAGUCGGCGCCCUUUAAAGUCCGGCGCCCCUGGGUGGUCGCUCAACCGCACCAGGCCCUAACGCCGGUACUGGAAACUGGUGUCGAAGGAAUCUUUUUAUAAGAAACUCUUUACAAAAUGUACAUUAAUUCACAAUAAAUCGGAAUUCACCCUAUAAAA